AUGAUUCCUUUUAUUACUUCUGCUCCUGGUAAGGUUAUUAUAUUUGGUGAACAUUCUGCAGUUUACAACGAGCCUGCAGUGGCCGCUAGUGUUUCUUCUCUAAGAACUUUCCUAUUGGUUGAAGAUGGCGCUCACAGGGACACUGUUGCUUUGAAUUUCCCUGAUAUUAAGUUCCAUCAUGAAUGGAGACAUUCCGAGAUCCAUCAAGUUAUAAAGCUUGCUGAGGCUGAUGGUUUAUUGACAAAGGCUAGAAAGGAUACUAAUAACUUAUCUCAACCGUUGGUAACUUUGUUGGAAGAGAAAUUGUUAGGUAGUUUGAAAGAAUCUUUGCAUUUCCAUGCCGCAUUUUGUUUCAUCUAUUUGUACGUGUGUUUAUGUCCUAAUGUUAAUCAUGUCAAGUUUUCCCUUAAAUCUACUUUACCAAUUGGUGCAGGUUUAGGUUCAAGUGCUUCUAUCUCUGUAGCAUUGUCUUUGGCCAUGGCUAAAUUAGGGGGUCACAUCAAGAGUACCGAAUCCUUGACUUCUGCCGAUAAGAAAUAUAUCAAUAGUUGGUCUUUUAUUGGUGAAAAAUGUAUCCAUGGUACUCCUUCUGGUAUUGACAACGCUGUCGCUACUUAUGGUAACGCUGUUCUAUUCAAGAAGGAAGAUAAUGGCUCAACUAACUUCCAAUUUAUUGACAACUUUCCAAAGAUUCCAAUGAUAUUGACAUAUACAAGAAUUCCAAGAUCCACCAAAGUUUUGGUUAGCAAUGUCCGUGAAUUAGUCGAAAAGUAUCCAAGUAUUUUCAAGCCAAUUCUCCAAUCUAUGGGUCAUUUGGCUAAUGACGGUGCUGAUAUCUUGAGAAAUUUGAAUGAUAAAAAUUAUAACGACUUGUUGGAAUUAGUACGAGUCAAUCAUGGUCUAUUGGUAUCAUUAGGUGUUUCUCAUCCAGGUCUAGAAAUAAUCAAAUCGUUAAGUGAUACUAUGGAUUUAGGUUCUACUAAAUUAACCGGUGCUGGUGGUGGUGGGUGUUCAUUGACCAUCUUAAAGAAGGAUGUCACACAAGAUCAAAUUAAAACUUUCAAGUCCAUCUUGAAGGAAAAACACAACUAUGGUACAUAUGACACUGAUUUGGGUGGUAUGGGUUGUUCUUUUGUUUCUUUGGAUUCUAUUCCUGAAAAAGAUGCGAUCGUAAUCAAGGCUAUUCUGGAAGCUAGAGAAAGUCCAAGAGAGCAAUUGACGAAGUUCCUAUUUUCCGAUGAAUCUGUUUUGACUUGGAAGUUCUAA